CAUUGGAACGAUCAGUACUACAGCAUGAAAAGCAUUGUGAUAACCCUGUUGGUGCUAGCGACGCAACGAUCCUCGGCGAUAAUUGUAUCCCAAAGGGAAGCUCCCACCAAACGCUACAUUCCCCUGGGAACAUCCGAGCACGUCAUUUCGUCACACACCUUUGAUACGAAAAACCCGGAACCAUGGGGCAACAAGCAGUUUAAGGAAAUCACCAUCACCAAAAACGUUCCCGUGCCGUACCCGAUCAAGGUUGAGCGGCAUGUAGCCGUGCCGGUGAAGAUACCGGUGCCGAUCGCAAUCCACAACAAGAUACCGAUCGUGGUCGAGCGCAAGAUACCGGUGUACGUGGAGAAACCGAUACCGGUUCAGGUUGAUCGGCCGGUUCCGUACGCACUGCCGAUCGAGAUUCCCGUCUUCCAUAAGGUGGCUGUCGAAGUGCCGAAACCGUAUCCGGUGCACGUCCCGAAACCCUACCCAGUGUACAUUAAGAAACCGAUCUUUGUGAAGCAGAAGGUGCAGCAUCAGAAAGGUAGCACCAUCAAUCGGGUGAAGAAAAGCCCAAAGCAGAGCGUUGUCAAGGCGAUGAAAGCUUGAGUGUGAUGUCGAUGAACCGGUUCGAGCCUUCAACCGGUUCGUGCUGUCAUUUCGUCCAUGUUGGAUCGUUAUUGUUAUUAUUUUGUUAUUAGCUUACUACAAUAAAACAAAACACGGCGCGGCAGCGGGCGUUGCGUAGGUGCAGCUAGCGUAGCCCUAUCAAUUUCCCGUCUGUGGCAUUUGUGGCAGUA